UUUACAAGGAUGGUUCAGAAUUCCUUAUUCACCCAUAUUUCUCAAUUGUAUUAGGAUUCCUUUAGAAGGAUGGUUUAUGAUUCCUUACUAUUAUAUCCUAUUAUUAUUGUCAUAUUUGUAUAAUCAUAAUCCUCCUCUAUAUAAGGGUGCCCCUGUUCAAUAAUAAUAUUUCUCAGUUCUCUUUGUUACAAUUUUUCCUUCAACACGUACUCCUCCACGUGGUUUAUCAAUGGAAGAAGAAAGCGACUUGUAUGUACCUGUGGCAAAGCGGAGAGCGAUUGCAGCGCAGAGGCUUCUUGAGAAGCAGAGAGCGAUUGCAAAGCAGAAGAUUCUUAAGAGGAAGAGAAGAAGCAGCUCUGAGCAGGUUGACUCUAAAGUGGAGGAAUCCAAAGAAAAUAGGACGAAUCUACCUAGCCUCCUUGUAACAGCGUCACAGUUGAAGCGUGAUGCUCCGGAGAUUACUCCAAAAGAGCAGCUGCUGCAACAAGAAAAGCAGAUGAUUGAGCAGCUCCCCGAUCGCAAAUCACUAAUGUCAGUUCAUGAAUUGGCAAAGGGAAUAACUUACACAGACCCUUUGCCAACAGGUUGGAAGCCCCCAUUAAAGAUUAGAAUGAGAACUGCAAAGCAAUGUGACGUGAUCCGCAAGCAAUGGCACAUCAAAGUUGAUGGGGAACACAUUCCUCCUCCAAUUAGGAGUUUCAAGGACAUGAGAUUUCCGGAGCGGAUUUUGAAGGUUUUGAAAGCCAAAGGGAUUGUGAAACCGACCCCCAUUCAGGUUCAAGGUCUUCCUGUGGUUUUGUCCGGGAGGGAUAUGAUUGGAAUAGCAUUUACAGGUUCCGGCAAGACAUUGGUUUUCGUGUUGCCAAUGGUUAUGAUGGCAUUGCAGGAGGAGAUUCUGAUGCCAAUUGCUCCAGGAGAAGGACCUUUCGGGUUGGUUAUAUGCCCAUCGAAAGAGCUAGCAAGGCAGACUUUCGAAUUGGUACAAGAGUUUGUGAAUGCUAUGGAAGAGGACGGAAGACCAAAGAUAAGGCCUUUGCUGUGCAUUGGUGGAGUGGAUAAGAAGUCACAGCAGGACAUUGUGAGGAAAGGUGUUCAUAUAGUUGUCGCAACUCCGGGAAGGUUAAAGGAUAUGCUGAAAAGCAAAAUAAUGAAGCUUGAUAACUGCAGAUAUCUAACUUUAGAUGAGGCUGAUAGAUUGUUAGACUUAGGCUUUGAGGAUGACAUAAGAGAAGUUUUCGACCAUUUUAAAGCUCAACGUCAAACGCUUCUAUUUUCAGCCACCAUGCCUAUUAAAAUUCAGAACUUUGCUACAAAGGCUUUGGUUAAGCCUGUGACUGUCAACGUGGGAAGAGCUGGAGCAGCAAAUCUUGAUGUGAUUCAAGAGGUUGAUUAUGUGAAGCAAGAGGCCAAGGCUUUUUACCUUCUUCAAUGUCUGCAAAAGACUGCGCCUCCUGUUCUAAUAUUCUGCGAAAAGAAAGCCGAUGUGGAUGAGAUUCAUGAAUAUCUUCUGUUGAAGGGAGUGCAGGCAGUGGCUGUUCAUGGAGGGAAGGAUCAUGAAGAGAGAGAGGAUGCCAUUUCUUCCUUCAAGUCAGGGAAAAAAGAUGUCUUAGUGGCAACUGAUGUUGCUUCAAAAGGUUUGGAUUUUCCUGAUAUUCAACAUGUCAUUAAUUAUGACAUGCCUGCAGAAAUCGAAAACUAUGUUCACCGGAUUGGAAGAACAGGAAGAUGUGGCAAGGUUGGAAUUGCAACAACGUUUAUAAACAAGAACCAAAGUGAGACGACACUCCUAGAUUUGAAGCACCUAUUGCAAGAGGCCAAGCAGCGAAUUCCACCCAUGUUGGCUGAGCUGGAUGAUCCAAUGGAACAUACAAGUGAUGAGGUUGAAGGCUGUGCUUAUUGUGGCGGGCCUGGUCAUCGAGUCGGUGAUUGUUCAAAACUAGAGCAGCAUAAAAGAAUUGUCAGCUCUAGGAGGGAUUUAUAUGGUUCUGGUGGUUACGUAGGGGAAAUAUGA